AUGAAUCUCCCGGUGCUGCCCUCGAUCCUCCUGCUGGUCAUUUCCAGCAUCCACGCUUUCCCGUACAGUGAGCUGGCGGAGUAUAUCGACAGCCAUCAAGAAGAAUAUGUAGAGGCUCUACGGGACUGGGUCGCAAUCGAAAGCGACUCCAGCAAUGUCUUGAAGAGACAGGACUUACACCGCAUGAUGGAGAUGGCGGCUCAGAAGCUGAGGCUGAUGGGAGGAAACGUGGAGCUGGUGGACAUCGGAGAACAAGAACUUCCUGACGGCCAAACGUUAGCGUUACCUAAAGUGGUGACAGCUCAGUUUGGCAAUGACCCCAACAAGGAGACAGUGUGUGUCUACGGUCAUGUGGACGUCCAGCCAGCAAAGCUAGAGGACGGCUGGGCCACAGAUCCCUACAACUUGACUGAAAUCAAUGGAAACCUGUAUGGAAGAGGAGCGUCAGACAACAAAGCUCCAGUUUUAGCCUGGAUCCAUGCUGUGGAGGCUUACCAGAGUCUCAACAUGGAUCUGCCAGUGAAUGUGAAGUUUGUCAUCGAGGGCAUGGAGGAGACGGGCUCCAACGGCCUCGACGCCAUGAUCAUGGCCCAGAGAGACACCUUCUUCUCUGACGUAGAUUACAUCAUCAUCUCAGACUGCGGCUGGCUCAGCAGACGACCCGCCCUCACCUAUGGCACCAGGGGCAACUGCUACUUCUUUGCUGAGGUUGAAGGACCUAAGCAGGACUUACAUUCUGGUGUCUAUGGAGGUGCUGUGAUUGAACCAAUGACCGACCUUAUUGGCAUUCUUGACACUUUGAUCAGCCCCAACGGUAAGAUCCUGAUUCCUGGGAUCAGAGAAGCUGUGGCGCCUCUCUCUGAUGAGGAAUGGAAGAUGUACCAGGACAUCCAGUUUGACAUGGAGAACUACAAGAGCAAGAUCGGUGUGACCCAGCUCAUGUACAGCAACAAGGUGGACUUGUUGGCUCACUUGUGGCGCUACCCCACUGUCACCAUCCAUGGCAUCGAGGGGGCCUUCUCCGACCCCGGCACUAAGACUGUAAUCCCUGCUAAGGUUACUGCCAAGUUCUCCAUUAGACAAGUCCCCAACAUGGACCCUGCUAUGGUCAAAAAACAGGUGACAGACUACCUUCACUCAGUGUUUGCCAAGAGGAAGAGUCCCAACAAGCUGAAGGUCACCAUGGUGAUCGGGGCCAAGCCUUGGUUGGCUGACACUCAGCAUGCUCUUUAUGAAGCUGGCAAGGCUGCUGUCAAGAAAGUUUUCGACAUGGAUCCUGAUUUGAUCCGUGAGGGCGGGACCAUCCCUAUCGCCAGAACCUUCCAGGAUGUGACCGGGAAAAGCCUCGUCAUGAUGCCCAUCGGCGGCUUUGACGACGGGUUGCACUCCCAGAAUGAGAAAAUUAGCAGGUACAACUACAUUGAGGGAACCAAGUUAUUCAUCGCGUACCUGAACGAAGUAGCUCAGAUUAAGAAGAGCAGCGUGUGAAGUCUUCUGGUAUUAUUGUGUGACCUUCUCAAUCAUUCCAGCUAUGAUGAGCUCUCCCUGCAUUUUCUCUCUGUCUUUAUCUCCGUCUCAUUCGUCCUGCCUCCUGCCAAGCUCUUUAUUUAUCAGCAUCUCAGCUCCCUGCAUGUGUCUGUUCUACUCGAGUAUUUCAAAGCAAAACCUUUACUGUAAGUCAUGAAUGUACUUAAAAAGCGAUGAAAAUGGAGUUUCUAUCUAUCUAUCUAUCUAUCUAUCUAUCUAUCUAUCUAUCUAUCUAUCUAUCUAUCUAUCUAUCGAUCUAUCUAUCUAUCUAUCUA